UCACCACUGAAUUCAUAGCAAAUUAUUAACCUUUUCACUUUAAAUAAAUGAUAUUUUUUUUUACAGUGAUCUUUAGCUAGAGAUUCGCAAGGUUUUUGUUUUUAGAUCGUGAUGAAGAGGUCUAGAGAUGAUGAUGUUGCUUCAGGACCCUCGGGGAGACCUCGGACUAUGGGUGGAGGGAGUGCGAAUAGGUUGACGACUAGUGACGCUCUUACAUAUCUUAAGGAUGUUAGAGAUAUGUUUCAUGAUAGAAAGGAGAUAUAUGGAGAGUUUCUUGAAGUAAUGAAAGACUUUAAGGCGCAAAGGCUUGAUACGACAGGUGUUGUAUCACGGGUGAAGGAAUUGUUUAAAGGGCACCCGAAACUAAUAUUGGGGUUUAAUACUUUUCUUCCAAAGGGAUAUCAAAUUACCCUUUCACCGAAGGAUGAGCAUUAUGGUAAGAAACCGGUGGAGUUUGAUGAAGCUAUUCAGUUUGUAAACAAAAUUAAGAAGAGAUUUCAAGAUGAUGAUCGUGUGUAUAAAUCUUUUCUUGAUAUAUUGAAUAUGUACAGAACGCAAGCCAAAUCUAUAAGCCAGGUCCAUCAGGAGGUUGCUGCUCUUCUUCAUGACCAGCCAGACUUGCUUAGGGAAUUCAUUAAUUUCUUACCUCACUCUUCAGCACCAGCAUCCAAUCCGUAUGUUCAUUCUAGUCGGAAACAUAACCUUUGCCAUGAAGAUAAGAACUCGCCCAUUGGGACGACAAGACCUCUGCAUUCCGUAAAGAAAAGUAAUGCUGAACGUGACAUGAGUGUUGACAUGGUGCAUCCAAAUCAUAAAGAAGGAUCUGUUAGACCUGAAAAGGAACAUAGGAGGCAAAGUGAGAGAGAAAAAGUGAAAAUGGAAGAUAGAGAACACCAUUCACAAGAUAGAGACAACCGUUCUACCCACAAAUGUAAAUCAGACAACCGUUCUACUCACAAAUGUAAAUCUGCUGAUACACUUGAGGCGUCUGUUACCGAACUAUUUCAUCAAGAUAUGCGCGAUCAAGUGGUUUGUCUGCGUGAGAAGGUGAAGGAAGUAUUACAUAACACAGAUGAUUACCAGGCGUUUUUGAAGUGCAUUAUGCAUUACUGCACAGAAAAUAUUACCCGGCCACAACUGAAGUCACUGGUGAACAAUUUACUUGGAUCUUAUCCAGAUCUUAUGGAUGAAGUCAAUGGGUUCGUUGAUCGUAGUGACAGGAACGGUUCUUUGUGGAGUGGCAGUUUACUGGGCGCUAUGAAGUCAGAGGAUCAAGAUCAAGAUAAUGACAGCGAUGAAAUCGACAGAUGUCAUGAAACCAAAGACCGAGAUCGGUCCACCAAUGGCAGUAAAAGUUUAUCUAGAUCUAAGCCAUCCUUGCUUCCAAGCAAGAAUGAAUAUCAAGUGAAGCCAAUUCAUGAACUUGACCUCUCUGACUGCAAAAGCUGCACUCCAAGCUAUAGGCUUCUACCAAAAAAUUAUCCAAUUCCUUCAGUAAGUCAAAGAACAAAACUUUGUGCUAAUGUGCUGAACGAUCAUUGGGUUUCUGUUACUUCUGGUAGCGAGGAUUACUCUUUUAAACACAUGCGUAAAAACCAGUACGAAGAGAGCUUAUUUCGCUGCGAAGAUGACAGGUUUGAACUGGACAUGCUAUUAGAAUCCGUGAAUGCUACUGCGAGACGUGUAGAAGAACUUUUAGACGAGAUUAAUGAUAACUCAAUCAAGACAGAUAGAGUUGUUCGUGUUGAAGAACAUUUUACUGCUUUACAAUUGAGGUGCAUUGAACGUCUAUACGGAGAUAAUGGGCUUGAUGUGAUGGAUGUAUUAAAAAAGAAUGCAUCUCUUGCUCUGCCAGUAUUAUUAACUCGUUUGAAGCAGAAACAAGAAGAAUGGGCAAGGUGUCGUCUUGAUUUUAGUAAGGUUUGGGCUGAUAUCUAUGCCAAAAACUAUCACAAGUCACUUGAUCAUCGCAGCUUUUAUUUCAAACAACAAGAUUCGAAGAGCUUGAGUGCUAAAGCAUUAUUGGCGGAAAUUAAUGAAAUCAGUGAAGAGAAAUUUAAAGAGGAAAAAAUUUAUCAUCAUUUUGCAUCUGGGAAAAGACAAAAUAGUACACCUCAUCAAGAAUUUCAUUAUUGUGAGUUGGAUAUUCAUGAAGACAUAUAUCAGCUUAUGAAGUAUUAUAUUCCACAAAAUUGCACCCCUGAACAAUUUGAUAAAGUCAUGAAGAUCUGGACUACUUUUGUGGAACCUAUGUUCCUUGUUCCACCUCGCCCUGAACUCAUAGAUGCCGGUCAUGGUGUCACCAAAUCUGCCAAGAGAAGUGGCAACUCUGGUGUUAGACAAAGUGAGGUAAUAGAUGCCCAUAAAGAUUUAACAGAGCAGUCAGGUUCUUCACGAGAUUGUUUGGUAAACGAUAAUAAUGGUGUUAAAGUAAAUGGUUCUCACAUCAAAAAAGUAGAAAGAGAGGAAGGUAAAUUAUCUCCAAAUGAAGAUUAUGAGGAAGAUAAUUUUUUUACAUUUAAAGACAGUGAUACUAAACGAAAGUACCAAAACAGAUGUUCUGAAGGGGCUUCAGAAAAUGAAGCAGAUGAGGAAGGCGAUGAAAGUGCACAUAGGUUAUCGUGCAAUAGUGAGAAUGGCGAAGUUUCGGGUAGCGAAAGUGCUGAUCUAGAGGAUUGCUCCCCUGAAGAAAAUGAUGGGGUACAUGAUAACAAGGCCGAAAAGGAAGGUGAAGCGGCAAAACGUUUUUUAGAAACAGUGAAGCCGCUUACAAAGUAUCCCCCUGCAACAUCACAUAAUGUCAAGAAUGACCUGCGGGUCUUUUAUGGAAGUGAUGCCUUUUACGUUUUCUUUAGACUCCAUCAUACACUAUAUUCAAGAUUGAAGGAAGCAAAGGAAAAGUCUGCCAAUGAUAAUUGGAGAGGUUCAAAUGACAAAACAUCUAAUGAUUCAUAUGCUAGAUUCUUGGAUCUACUGUAUACAUUUCUUGGUGGUGCUGUAGAUAGUGCAAAAUAUGAAGAUGAAUGUCGAACGGUUCUUGGCACCUGGUCAUUUCCUGUCUUCACAUUAGACAAGCUUAUCUACAUGCUUUCUAAACAGCUGCUAGCAAUCGCUAUGGAUGAGGUUGAUAACAAGCUCCUGCAUCUCUAUGCAUAUGAACAUAUGAGAAAACCUGGAGGAUUUAUGUAUGAACUCUACAAUGCAAAUUCAAGAGUGAUUGUUAACGAUGAUAACCUAUACAGAUUUGAGCAUUCAAUGAUACCAGAAGCUGACAGUCGAACCCGGUUGAGUAUCUGGCAAAUGGACUCUGAAUGUGAGAUGUCAGAACCACCCGCCUUUUUGAUAGACCCAACUUUUGUAGCCUAUCCAAGCAUUGAGCCCCUUCCAGUUAUUCCUGGAAAACAGAAGGCCGAGAUAUUCUUGAAGAGGAAUAGAAGAAAAUAUGCUUGUGAAGAUGAAGACUUGGCAAUGAUGCAAGCCAUGGAGGGACUACAAAUUUUAAACGGGAUGGAAUGCAAGAUAAAUUGCAUUACACAUAAGAUAUCCUAUGUAUUAGAUACAGAAGACUCUAUGGUGCGUAGAGGCCGAAAAACGAUCAUGCGUCCCAGUAUACCAUCACAGAAGUUCCAUAAGCUGCUGCAGUCUAGGAUUGAAUACAUAACUACAUGACAACAAAAAUGAUGAUAUAAUUGAUUUAACCAAUCAAUUUCAAAACUGCAAAUUUGGUUUGCUGCAAGAUUGAAUGGCAAACAAGGUGGCAUGGUAGUUGCCAGUUCUGCACCAGGUUAUAUAGUGUUAGCAUUGAUAUUGAAACUUAAUAAGAGACCAUUUAAACAACUUUCAUAUAAAUGUCUCAUUGUAUACAUUUAGUUUUCUUGAGUCCUUCGUUGAUAGUGUUUAUGGAGCUUGUUAUUAAUAGAAAACAAUUAUGGUAGUUUGUGGUUAUCGCAUACCGAUGUAUAUUGUAGAGUUUAUGUUGGUCGAUAUUUUUCAAUUUGUAUUUACUCAAAUUACAUAUAGACGUUUGAAAUAGUCAACAACCGUCUUCUGUA